AAAAACAGCCGUUGGUCGUUUAAAAAAAAGCCGUUGGCCGACUUCACCGGAGGGACUGUUGACGGUGUAACACCAGACUUGAGAAGAAGAAGGAGCCGAUCAUCUUUUCUCUUCAGUGUAAAUUUGUUUUUUUAGCUACAGUCUCCGUUAAAUCAUCUACAUUUUAUCCAACGUAAAUGAGUUGCAGAGGAGACAGUGAUGAUGACAGCUGCAGUAAACGGAAAGUCGCGUACGUUUUUAGCCCGGAGUACAUCGACACCUGCGACUCUUUAUCCAAAGUACCAAAUCGGGCGAGUAUGGUCCACUCACUGAUAGAGGCGUAUGGACUGCUCAAACAUAUGAGCAUGGUGAAACCUCGUGCUGCUACCAUAGAGGAAAUGGCCAAGUUCCACACAGACUCCUACCUGGAGCAUCUUCACAAGAUCAGCCAGGACGGAGACAACGACGACCCUCAGUCAGUCGACUACGGCCUGGGUUAUGACUGUCCGGUGGUGGAGGGGAUAUUCGACUACGCAGCAGCAGUAGGAGGCGCUACACUGACAGGAGCCCAGUGCUUGCUUGACAAGACGUGUGAAGUGGCCAUCAACUGGGCAGGAGGGUGGCACCACGCCAAGAAGGACGAGGCGUCAGGUUUCUGUUACGUGAACGACGCUGUGUUGGGAAUCCUCAAACUGAGGGAGAAAUAUGAGAGAGUCCUGUACGUGGACGUCGACCUGCAUCACGGAGACGGUGUUGAAGACGCCUUCAGCUUCACCUCCAAAGUCAUGACAGUCUCUCUCCAUAAGUUUUCUCCUGGAUUCUUCCCAGGUACGGGUGACCUGACAGACACUGGGCUGGGUAAAGGUCGCUGGUACGCCAUCAACGUACCGCUGGAGGAUGGAAUCAAGGAUGACAGAUACUACCAAGUUUUUACCAGUGUGAUGCAGGAAGUACGGGCACAGUUCAACCCGGAGGCGGUGGUGAUGCAGCUGGGUGCCGACACCAUGGCGGGCGACCCCAUGUGCUCCUUUAACAUGACCCCGGUGGGGGUCGGCAAGUGUCUGCAGUAUGUCCUGCAGUGGCAGCUACCUACGCUGCUGCUGGGAGGAGGAGGUUAUAACCUGGCGAAUACGGCUCGUUGCUGGACCUACCUGACGGCAGCAGUGCUGGGAAAGACUCUUUCCUCUGAGAUACCAGACCACGAGUUUUUCACAGAGUACGGACCCGACUACUCGCUGGAGAUCAGCCCGAGCUGUCGACCUGACCGCAACGACACCAAACACCUGGACCAGGUCAUCAGCACCAUCAAAGGGAAUUUAAAGAAUGUGGUUUAGGAGCCGGCAGCCUCAGCCUCCUCCACACUCACACAUACCCGCACAUACACCAUGUUUCCAAACCUGGUCGACGGCUCGGCUGCUUUAAUGAAGACAAUAUGGAGCGGACCCCUUCGGCCCCGAGGCACGGAGCGAACGAGUGUGGGAUGAAGGGAGGAAAAAGAGAGCGAGAGAGGGUUUUGGAAAACAUUAGCCGAGUGUUUCCAGGGGAAAAGAGUUUAAUAAGCGGAGGGGGGUGAUGUGGUUGCUGUACAAUGUUCACUGUUUUUAAUUCUUUGUUUUUUCGAGAAGGUAUGUGUGUGAAUGAGAGAGUCUACGAUGUGUUCAGUGAGGGUAUGUAAAACUGAAUUGCAGCAGGUUUUUACAGUAAUCGUCUCCGGUGUUUUAUCAAAGGAUGUGUUUGUGAUCGUCCUAUCAGUCGGACAUUUUAAACUAAAACGGAAAAAAAGACUUUUUCUGGUGUCGGGUUUCACUUUCACCGCGGCGCUCCUUUGAUUUUACCCCCCCUCGAGAGAAGAUAAGCACUGAAACAGACAAAAAAAAAUGAAACUGAAACUGCCCCUCAGCAAGGUUCCCAAAAUGUCUCGUUAUAGUGGUCUGGAAAAAUCUAGAAAAGUAUGUGAAACGAGUUGCCCAAGUCUUGAGAAUACUUGGAAAGUUUACAAAUAAAUGGUCUGGAAAAGUUUGGAAAAUAGCUGGUCACAGAUUUUAGAAGUUUAUUUUCUCCGCCACAUUGUUGUGACCCCUGGGCAGGAAUCUGCAAAUUAAACAUCUGGACAGAGUUUGGUAUUUUAACUGAAAAAAAUGCAGGGAAAGUUGAAUUGUUUUUUUCCCCCCCCCUUUCCAUAGACACACAAUAAGAUUACAAGAACAUUAAGAAGGUUUUACGUAGAAACAGCAGUCCCACACUGGUCUGGCAUUUUAUUUCAGGUCAAUGAACAAAUAUGGCUACUGCUUGAAGAUGAACUUCCACUUCUACUACAGUUUAUCACUUAAAACAUUGACUGAAUUAUUGGGAGUCUGUGGGAAAAGCGGAACUCUAAAAUGGAAAAUGUCUGCAGUAUAUAUGGUUCUUCUGUUAAAAAAAUAAACAAGCAUGAUCUCUG